AUGUCGCACUGGGAUCUCUAUGCGAAGUCAGCUGUCAUCGAGCCUCUUAUCAAUGACGGUUCCGAAUCCACUGGUAUUAUGGAAGACAAGCAAAUUGCUCCGGAUUUCUUUGACGAGCUCUUCCAAGGUCUCGAGGCCAAGUGUGAUGAUAACUUUAUCAGAGCCACAUCUGAUCAUUCUGAGCGUGUACAGCCUUUCUUGGACUGUGCCAAGGCAAACUCAGUGGCGACCUCGCUCGCCUCUUUUGUCAGGAGGCUUCCAUGGGUCUCAGAGACACGGUGCAAGAAAAUCAAUGAGUAG